GGGAGGGUUUAAAUGGCACCCAGCAGUUGGCGUGAGGGGCUGCAGGAGCUUGGGGGCCAGAGGCAGGAACAAGUCUUUUCCGACCCCAUGGAGCUCUAUGAGACAUCCCCCUAUUUCUACCAGGAGCCCCGCUUCUAUGACGGGGAGAACUACCUACCUGUCCACCUCCAGGGCUUCGAGCCACCGGGCUACGAGCGGACUGAGCUCAGCCUGAGCCCCGAGGCCCGGGGGCCCCUGGAAGACAAGGGGCUGGGGACCCCCGAGCACUGUCCAGGCCAGUGCCUGCCCUGGGCAUGUAAGGUGUGUAAGAGGAAGUCGGUGUCGGUGGAUCGGCGGCGGGCAGCCACGCUGAGGGAGAAGCGCAGGCUCAAGAAGGUGAACGAGGCCUUCGAGGCCCUGAAGAGGAGCACCCUGCUCAACCCCAACCAGCGGCUGCCCAAGGUGGAGAUCCUGCGCAGCGCCAUCCAGUACAUCGAGCGCCUGCAGGCUCUGCUCAGCUCGCUCAACCAGGAGGAGCGCGACCUCCGCUACAGAGGCGGGGGCGGGCCGCAGCCCCCGGUGCCCAGUGAAUGCAACUCCCACAGCGCCUCCUGCAGUCCAGAAUGGGGCAGUGCACUGGAGUUCGGCCCAAAUACGGGUGAUCAUCUCCUUGCGGCUGACCCUACAGAUGCUCACAACCUGCACUCCCUCACCUCCAUCGUGGACAGCAUCACAGUGGAGGAUGUGUCUGUGGCCUUCCCAGAUGAAACCAUGCCCAACUGAGAUUGUCUGCCAGGCUGGGUGUCCAUAUGAGCCCCCAAGCUGGCCAUAGGUGCCACCACUUCUGCAGCGGUGGCCUUCUAAGCCAGGUUGUCCUGAUGCCAGGAAGACAGCCUUGGGCUGCCACAGGCCAGACUAUCCCCUUCCUCAUCCAUAUAAGGUUUAUGCACCUCCCAGCAAGGGAACGGAUGCCCUCAGUUAGCUGACUCCUUAAGAGCAGAGGGCAUCCCCUUUCCAAGGAGAUACAGCAGGGGACCAGAGCGCCCCCUUGUGGAUACCUCCCGCUCAGGGGGGCAAACUCAGGAGCUUCCUUUUUAUCAUAAUGCAGCCUUUAAUUCCACCCCUCAAAUGAAAUGGUUUGAGAGAAAAAGACAGUGUCCUGACCUGGACAAGUGUGCACAUCUCCUGUCCUGGUCUCUUCCUGAUGCCAGUGGCUGGGCUGGGCCUGCCCUGAGUUGAGAGAGAAGAAAGGGAGAGGAACAACCCUCUGUUCCCAAGUCCCUGGGGGGCCAAGCUUUUGCAGUGAAUAUUGGGAACCUUCCAGCAGUUUUAUGUUUUGUUUUGUUUUGUGUGUUGUUUGUAAAGCUGCCAUCUGACCAAGGUCUCCUGUGCUGAAGUUGCCGGGGACAGGCAGGAAAAGGGGGCGGGGACUCUUGGGGUGAUUUCUUUUGUUAACUAAGCAUCGUGUGGUUUUGUAAUUUUUUUUUUUUUGCUAACUUAUUUGGAUUUCCUUUUUUAAAAAAUGAAUAAAGACUGGUUGCUAGAA